AUGGACACCUGGAUCAUGGCAACCCCGUAGAUGCUGGAUCCGAUCUCUUUCUAUCUCUGAAUAACAUAGUACAUCGCGAACAUGUUCCAAGGCCUUCAGCGCAUCAAGGGUGCACUUGAUGCCCGAAUAGCUGAAGAGCAAGCAAAGCAGCGCGCCUCUGCCCAGACGUCACGAUCGCGGUCAGGAUCGACCCCCAAGCGCUCAAGUUCGCGCAAUCUUUCGCCGUCGAAGCGACCGCUCAAGGGAAAGGAUGGCGAUAGCCCUAGCAAGGCAGGGUCCACGGGGAAGGGCCCCGAUCCCUCAGAGUUCGACCCGGAAUUUGUCAUAGGCGAAGAAGAUGACCAGCCGAGUAGAGCCGGUACCCCGCGUCCGAAGGAGAAGGCUGAGGAUGGAGACGCGACAGGAACGGGCGAGGGACAAGGGAAGGAGGAGAAUGGGAAGGCCGAAGCCGCGGAAGGAAACACGCCGCCGGCGCCUGAGAUACCUCCAGAAACAAGAGCUCGGUUAAGGAAACUGGACAAGCUCGAACCUAAAUACUCUGAAUUGCUUCGCUCCUACCGCAUCGCUCACGCACGAGUUAGCCUGAUUGAAGCAUUUGAGGCUUCCCUUCGCGAGAACACUCCGUUAACGUCAAUCAGCGAACCUGCGGCGUUCGUAGAAUAUCUCGCCCAGCUGAAUGUCAAAAGCGAUAUGCUCAUGGAAGAGCUCAAGAGGGUUUCCAAAGAGCGAGACGAAAUGAAUAAGAAGCUGGGAGAAGCGGAAAAGAAGGCGAAAGAAGCAACGGAGGAAGUGGAGAAAUUGCAGGCCCAGGCUGCAGCGAACGAAGUACCCACGGACGAUUCCACUGUCCAGACAGAAUCUGCCGCUCCAUCAUCACCGUCGAAGUCUUCGAAAGAGACCGAAGCGACGGAGGACGAAGAGUUCUUCUCUUACGAUAGCGAGCUACCUCGACUUCAAUCACAGCUGAAGGAAAGCGAACAUAAGGCUGAGAAGCUUGUGAAAGAGAACCAGUCACUAAAGCAGGAGCUCUCCGUAGCACAGGAGUCGGCAGAAUCAUUCAUGAAAAAUCUCGAAACAACUACCAACGACUUCCUGACCUUCAAGGAUCAGUACACGCGCGCGCAAAAGGAGAACGAUGAUCGCCAGAAGGAGCUCGGUUCGACGAUCAAUGAUCUUCAGAGCAAGCUACAAACUGCCGAACAGGAACUUACAAAACAAAAAGACGAUUACAGUGCGCAAGAAAAGACUUUCACGGAACUCACCGAAAAGCUGGAUUCUACAUCAAAGGAGCUUGAAGAGCUACAUUCGACCCGGGGAGAAGAGCUCGUUGAGAAUCAUGAUCGAGAGGCCUUAGCAAAGGAAGUGGAGCGCCUGGAGGGUGAACUUGUGAAGCUCCGCGAUACUCAAUCAAACGCAGACAAACGCAACGAGACUCUGAGCGGCUUGGUGAAUAACUUGCGCGACCAACUAAAAGAUGCUGGAGCGCAACGUGACACGGCGCAAAGCGAACUAAAGCAAGCUCAAAAGGCUCUCGCAGCAGCAUCGAACGAGAAGGGUGCGGAUGAGGCUAAGACUUCCAUACCGCCACCGACACCUGUUACAGAGUCUGCACCUUCUUCCAAAAAGAAGAACAAAAAGAAGAAGAAGGGCGGCAAGGCUGCCGAUGCAGCGUCUGUGGAGAAGACGCCAAGUGAGGCUGGGGACUCCAGUGCCCUCCUAAGCCCUAGUGCUGCUGAGUUCUCGCCGUCGCAGCUGGAAGAUGCGCAGAAGACCGUAUCGCAGCUCAAAUCGGACUUGGAAGCGAAGAUUGCUGCAAUUGAGCGCCUGGAGAGCGAGGUUGCAGAAAAAGGCAAUUUCAUCGACAACCUGCACAAGAAACUGAAGGACGAAGAGGCAAUGAGAGAGGAGAUUGAAACUUUGAGGCAAGACCUACUUGACUUUGGCUCGGAGCACACAGACGCUAAGGACAAGGUGAAGCAGUUGCAGGCCGAGAAGGGAGCUCUGCAAGAGAGCCUCGAUAAGCUGGAGAAGGAAAUCGCAGCAUUGCGCACCGGCAAGUCUGCGCAAGAGAGCUCCGAGCAGGAAAAGAAGGCCUUGGCAGCUGAAUUUGCGGAACUCAAAGCCAAGGCGGAUUCGCUGCAGACCGACCUGUCAGUAGCAGAAAAGCUGGCUGCAUCGCGCUUCAAAGAACUCACUGAUAUGCGAGAGAUCCUGACUAAGGCUCAACCCGAGCUCGCCUCCUUACGAAAGGAAGCUAUUGAGCUGCGAGGUACCAAAGAGGAGCUUUCCAGGAAAUCUUCGGAAUUGCGGCGUCUGGAGGGCCGCGAGAAAGACCUCAUGUCUGAGAUCGCGACCUAUCGAACCCAGGUGUCUGAUAAAGACGGCGACAUCAAGACACUGAACGACAAGAUCAAACAAGAAACGACGCAGAGACUCGCCCUGGAGGAGACGAACCGAAAGAUCCAGCGCGAUCUGCAAAAUUCGGAAAGUGAUCGCAAUGACGCCAUUGAAAGUCGCGAGAAGCUCGCCAAAGAUCUCAGCAGGAUACAAGAAGACCUAAAGAAGUCCCGCAAUACGAUUGAUGAGUUGGAAAAGCAGGUUGCGAAGUUGCAACGCGAAGCUGGUGGUUUGCGCGACGAGAUUCAACUCAAGUCUGCUCACAUGCAGAUGAGCACGCAAGAAAUGGGUACACAGAUGAAGGAGGAGCUCGCAGACGCACACCGACUACUCAGCGAACGCAGUCGUGAAGCUGAGACCAUGAGGAGGCUUCUGGCAGAUGCGCAGGGUCGCGCCGAUGCGCGGGAAAGGGAACGAGCCGAAGAGCAAGCUAGUUCGUUUGGUCGGCGACGUGCGCGUGAAUUGGAGGAGCUCAAACAGAAAGUUCGCGACGCAGAACGUGCAGUCACGCGCGCCCAAGAAGACAAGGAGGAUUUGGCCUCGUCCGAGAAAGAGCUCAGACGCCAAAAGGACGACUUGGAACGGCGAGCAGCACAAGCCAACGAAGAAGCGGCCGAGGUCCGUACGGCGCUCAGUCAGUUGCGCGAUGCACUGGACGACAGCGAGAAGCAAACGCGGGACCUGGAGAAGGAGAAGAGCCGGCUGGAGAAGCUCCAGAAGUCGAGCAAGGCCAUGUCAGACGAGCUCAGAGCUUUGAAGACGCGGGCGGCAGACUCCACGGUGCAGUCAUCAAGGUCGUCGCUCGAAUCAGCUCGGUCACGCAUCGCAUCUCCUACUCCCAAGGGCGGCGUGCCCUCUGCACAAGCCGGCGAUGGAGCCGUAGACUAUGUCUACCUGAAGAACGUGCUGUUGCAGUUCCUGGAACAGAAGGACAAGAAGUACCAGCAGCAGCUUAUCCCCGUGCUGGGGAUGCUCCUGCACUUUGACAAGAAAGACGAACAGCGAUGGACUGCGGCCAUUUCCGCGAAGUAGUCGGGCAUCGCAGAGCGGGAUUUGUACAACACGGAUUUUGCUCCCUGUUGUCGAUGCGUGAUCAUGGCGGCGCCUUCUUGUUUCGGGUGUUUCUUGGGCGUUUGUGUUGCAUAGCGACGGAUGAUGGAAUACGACCAGCAAGGGAAAGCCGGGCAUGGCAUGUGGCUGUACUAUAUAGGUGUCUUCUGCUGUGGACAUGGCGCAUUGUCCGAAAGCAUCUCAUGUACCAUAGGGCAAGUUGACGGGCGUGGGGGAGCACGCGGAAAUAGCCGCUGGGCGCUUAGCCACGAGCCCGACCAGGUCAGGCAAAGGCUCAGCUGUCGACGCUGCACUCAGUGCGAAGGAAGUAAUAGUACGAUCGCCUAUCCUCGAGUGCUGUGC